GAAUCGAAACAAGGAGAAAGCGGCGCAAUCCGUCACCGAGAUGAAUAGCUUGUUUCCUCCCGGGACAACAAGAGAAAAAGGUGUCCCAGUCGAUCCCACCGUGACCGAUGGCCACGCUAACUCAUUAGUAGACACUGCCACAAACCUGGAAGUGACUGUCCGGCCGAAAGUACAUUUUGAGGAAAGACUGCAGUGGAAAAAUGUUGGAACAUUGGUACGUGGCCAAGGCGAAAUGAUGGGUAGGUCAGCAGGAAAUAAUAUUAAUUCGCCCAGGGAAUUAACAUCUGCAUUGGAACCACGAGCGACCAGCAUCGCCAAAUUACAAGGUACCGACGAGCGUAACACCACGGUGAAUAAAACGUUUUAUCGGAGCAGCGAAAGUUCCUUAUCGUCGAAUCGUGAUGUUGAAACUCACGUGGCUCGUUCUUCUGGUGGAGCGCCGCCAGAAAGCAACGACAAAAAAAUCGAAAUCAGGCCCUCGAGAUCAAACGAAGCAUUAGCGGACGAAAGAAGAAAAGAGUUUUCCGAUAACGGCGAUGAUGUCUCAAGGGAUCAGCUAAAUUUCAGGCCACCUUCAACUUACCCAACAGAAAACGUGUCUGGCAAUGUUGAGUCGGUGAAAACCUUGGUUUACCGUGAUACGACGACAACUUCAAUGAGUUCUAUGAAGAUCGAUAGUUCCAUUGGGUUGAUCGAUCGGGCGUCUUAUCGCCUCGCAUUCACAGGGAAAAAAGAAUAUACGAGUGAUACACAGUCGUACAGCUCGCCUCUGGGGAAUAGCAGAGCUGUAGGAAAGCUGUACAAUGUAAGAAAGAAACGUAUCGAUAGAGGAUUUAUGAAAGAAAACAGUCAUUCGGAUUUCACUACUGCGAAAGCCACACCGAGGGAAUAUGUGGAUUAUAAAAAUUCAAUGACUACGCAGAAAAACGAAAUUGACACUACGAAGUCAACUAAGACGAAUGACGAUAGUCACAAAACAGAAGAGACUCUAGCGAAAAUUCUUCAUAUCCCUGUAGCAGAUUUGAAGAUUUCAAAUUUCUCUAGCUCUGAUAAUUCUGAUUCGACAGCACCGAAUUUCACGACAUACCCACCGAGCCCGAAUCCAAGUCCAAUUAUGAAUGAAUCUCAGUUGUCCCAAGACCCCCCGAAUAUGAAACAGAAAUCACAAUUGCUUUCGGAACAGCCGGUUGGUAAACCGUCAGAAUCAAUUGACACUGGCAUUCUCAAUCAAACUGUCUAUGAUAACUCGACACGCGUGACUACCACAUUAAAUCAAUGGCCGGUGAAGCAUAGUGCAGUGGUUGAAGGUGAUUUGGUACUUGGUGGUUUAAUGAUGGUACAUGAAAGAGAGGACUCGGUCACGUGCGGUCCAGUAAUGCCUCAAGGAGGUGUACAAGCACUGGAGGCCAUGCUCUACACUCUCGAUUGGUUAAACAAACGUGACCUUGUGCCCGGUGUUAAAAUCGGUGCACACAUACUCGACGAUUGUGACAAGGAUACAUACGGACUCGAGAUGGCAGUUGACUUCAUCAAAGAAACGACAGCUCGCGUAUACCUGCUGCAAAUGCUGCCUGAAGCUAAUGCAGUUUACACGAAUUGCGUUAAGUCUGUGCAAGUUUUGUCGGCUGUCCCAAACUCUACAAGUUUAAACAGCAUUUCAUCAGGCGUUCAUUUCUGUAUGGGAGCCUUUUCAACCUGACUGUUGUUGAGUAAAACCACUGUACUGUACAUUUUCAAAAUGCUGACUAGCUCGUAGCUUCUCUUCAAUGUAUUUCGCUAUUAGAUAUCAAUUUUAAAUAAUUAUUUAUCAACUUGGUUUCGUAAAGUCUGAAUUUGAUUACGGGCCACCCUGAAUUAUUAUUUUGAGGGAGUAAGCGGACUUUUUUCACAACUUUUUUCGAAAUUUAGUGUCACUAGACAGCAACAAUGAUAACAAAUUAAAAACACGUGUGAGAAAAUGCAAUUUUUAGUGCAACAAAACGGUGAAAUGAUAA